GAUUUCAAUGACUAACCAGAACAGUGCAAGACCAAAGUAUUUUUGCUGAUAAAUUUAUUGGAAAAAUCGACUCACAAUGUCUGGGAGCUUUUCCGCCGUUUGAUAAGAUAUGGAAGUGGCAACCACGAACUGAACCACUCAUCUUUUUAUUCAGUGCACUGAGAACCUUAACGAUGGCGAGUUUAGAAGUUACGAGAGACGUGGGAUUGACCUUUGCCCUGCUGCUCCUGCUGGGUACCCACAUUGUCCGGGCGGAGAUUAUCGAUGCGGAGCAGACGGACAGCUUUUGCUAUCCGGAGUCCAUGAAGAACUCGCGUCGCUCCUGCGAGUGCACCAAUGUGAGUGCUUCUCCGUGGGGAGCGAGUGCCCUGCGCAUCGAUUGCAGCUACAAGGACUACCGGGUCAAGGAUCUGUCUCCGGUGCUGCCCCUGUAUACCGAUAUGUUGGACCUGUCCUGGAACAAUCUGGACGCGGUUCCAAUCUUCAACAGCAUCACACUACGUCAGCUGAACCUGAGGCACAACAACAUUUCGCAGUUGACGGCUGGCAACUUCAAGGAACUGAUCACUCUGAAGGAACUGUAUCUGGGUUGGAACAGCAUUGUCCAGGUGGAGGUCUCCUCCUUCGAGGGUUUACCCCAUCUGCAGGUUCUCGACUUGGCCCACAACAACCUGCACACACUGCCCAGUCAACUCCUGGCCCCCCUCUUGGUUCUAAGCACACUGGAUCUUUCCUGGAACCGCCGUUUCAACGCCUCUGGCGUGGAUCUCUACUCCGGACUCGGCCUCAACUGGAAACUGGCAACGUUGCGACUGGAUGCCUGCAGCCUGAGUGAGCUCCACCUGCCCGUAAAUGCUCCUCUGAAGGAGCUUUCCCUGCGGAGGAAUCAGCUGAAGCGGAUUCCAAACCAACUGCCGGAGACUCUCCUUCGCCUGGACAUCAGUGACAAUCUGCUGGAGGAGCUCUUGCCCGAGGACACGGUUAAUCUGACCCAGGUGCGUCAGCUUUUCAUCGAGGAUAUGCCGCUGCUGCAGUCCGUGGUGGCCCAUGCCCUGGACUUCGAUCUCCUCGAGACGUUGAGCUUCCAAAACAGCCGGCAAUUGAGCCACCUGGAUGCGGAGGCCUUUGGACCCACCACUAGAACCUCCAAGAAGAGGGCGCUGCGGUCGUUGAGCUUUCGUGGCACUAUGCUGCGCACCUUUAAUUCCACGCUGGCGCCGCUUUUUACUCAGCUUGCCGAGCUGGAUCUCAACGGUCUGCCGCUGCAGUGCGACUGCGAGUUGGUCUGGCUGAAGCAACUGCCGGUCCAGACCAAAGGACGCUGCUACAAGCCGGCCCGCAUCCGCGGCAUGCUGGUCACAUCCGCUCGAGGGGACGCCUUCAGCUGCGACACCUGGCCGCGGUGGGCCUACGGCCUGGUGGUGCUCACCCUGAUCGCACUCAGUGCCGUGGGCAUCUACCUGAUCGUGAUGGGGCUAAGACCGCACCGCGGAGUCACCAUGCGCCGCAAGGUAGGCGCUGGGAGUCCCUAUGCCCGCGUCACCAUCGAACCCAAUCGCCAGGAGAAUCCCCACUAGAAAUUUCAUAGCUAUCUACCACCUAAGGCCUUUUAUUUAACACAAUUAAAGACAAUGUUAAUGCUGAACAGUAGAGAACAAAAAUACAAACUGUUAGAGGUA